AUGGUUUUGGAUGGCAGAGGUGAAUACAAACACUUUCCCAGACUAUCAACAGUCUCAACGAAACAGGAAGAUUUACUUACUUACUUCAAACAAUUGGAGGUUCUUCAUGUUGACUUUAUGGAGCGUUUCCAAGAUAUUUUAAACAUUAACGUACUGAGUUGGGUUUUAGAUCCUUUCGCAAAUGCAGAUACAGAAGAUUCAUCAAAUUUGAAAGAGGAACUCGUAGAACCCGCAAUUAACGAACAACUCAAAGUAAAAUUUAAAAAUGGAACCCAAGAAUUUUGGCUCCAAAAAUUAAUAUCAGUUCUCUACUCUGGAUUGUGUGCAGUAGUACUGAAAUUUUCAAUCGUAUUUCCUUCGUCCUAUCUGGCUGAGCGUGUAUUCAGUGCAGUAGCUAAUUUACUGUCAAAGAAGAGGAACAGACUACAUAUCACUGAACAUGGCGAUCUGCAAUUGAUGUUAACGCAAUUGGAACAUUAA